AAGUCCAUCAAAUGUCCCGGUUGUCUUUAAAAAUCACUUUUUUCGGCGUUCUUUGAGGGUGACGACACCAUCAUCGGCACGUGUCCCGCUUUCGGUCCCGAAACGUCUGGUCACCUUAUGCAAACUAUAUACUUCGUCCGUAUCACGAACUUAUUACUGGACUGCUGGCAGACGAUUUCCCCCACCCCCAACUUUCCGUUAACUACUAAAACGAGGCUGGAGUGUACAAAGCUUCCGGUUUAGUCACAUUCAUUGUUUAGGCUUGCCGAGACUAACAGGUGAGAACUUCGAAGAGGCUAUAUGCGUUGGUCUCGGCAGAUAGCAGUCCACCUACACAUGUCCGUGCACCAUACUGAUUAUAAUUACUGGUGACAAGUUUCUCUGAGCCUUCUAAGACUGAUCAUGCAAUGGUCAAACGGCUAAAGGAAGACAUUUAAUUGAAGCAAAAUUGUAGGCGUUCGUAUAGCAUUCACGCCAUUAGACCUUUUACCUACGAACUGAGAAAAACCACAGGCUCACGUGAGCACAAGACUCCGCGAAGCAAAGCUAUUUAUGCAUCUGGGGGUUGCGCGCCAGGUUCGCUCGGUUUGGACGCACGCGAGCUCCGCGAAGCACUGUGCGAGAGCCAAGCUCAUCGAUGACUUGACGAUGCAGAUAAAGCUUAUCGAUCACUUGACGAUGUAUUUAAAGCUUUCUGCCUGACUGUCGUCGUUCACACGCUUUCCAGACCUAACGGUGGAAACCUCAAGACGCAGACGAAGGGCAAACUUUGUGAACUUACACGUGCAAGUCAAAGUGGUUAAAGUCAAAUCUGUUUAAAACAAGAAAAUAGGGAAAGAUUUUUCCUACAACAUAACCGCUGCUUCGAUCACAGCAAGUUUUCGAUCAUAGCACACUUUCAACAUGGACACCAUGUUACCCAACGGGCCCCUUCAAGUUGUCUUCUCCUUCGACACCACGGGGUCCAUGUCUGGCGCCAUCGCCGAAGUGAGAGGCCGCAUCUCCGACAUGCUGCAACGACUUCAGUCAGACAUCCCCGGCGUCACAACAGCCGUUGUCGCUCACGGCGACUACCAAGACGCUAAGCGUGCCUACGUCACCAAGCACAUCGACUUCACCGACAACUUGCCCCAGCUGGUCGACUUCGUCACCAAUGUGGGCAACACCAUGGGAAGCACUGACGCCCUGGCAGCCUACGAUGCUGUGUUGAGGCUUGUCAGGACAAUUUUGACCUGGCGUACGGGAUCCCAGCGAGUUCUGGUUCUCAUAGGCGACACCAUUCCUCAUGAGCCAGAUUCCCCUCUCAACACGGAGCACAUCGACUGGGAGGAGGAAACCAAGCUGCUGGCUGAAAUGGGUGUUCGCAUUUAUGCAGUUCAGGUCGAUACGGACGCCAAGGCCACUAAGUUCUUCCGCACUUUGGCUAACGAGACUGGGGGUUCGCACCUCAAGCUCUCGCAAUUCUCAACAUUGUGUGACGUCAUCAUGGCCAUCUGCUACCGUGAGAAGGGAACCGAGUUCCUACAGAACUGGGAAGCGGAAGUUCGUUCUCGUGAUGACCGGAAGCCAUUGCACCGCGACCUGGAUGGGGUCUUCGGAACUCUUCGCCCAGGUGACUUCGAUGCUUCCGCGACAGAUGUUUCCAUGGAGACUACACCCGUCAAGGCCAACAGAGCUGCCAGAGAAGUCGUCGGUACCGCGGGUAAAACCUCUCACGAAAUGGCGGCAGCAAAAGUUGCUCCUGUCAAGAUGAGGAGUAAGGUUCAAAGAAGCAAGAAGCCAAAAACAAAGUCCUUUGUUAAAAAGUCGAACGAUAUACCUUCAUUCCGCAAGAUGAUUCGCGAAAAAGUUCCCAAUACCAACUUCCGAUUCAACAACCUCAUGUGGUCUUCAUGGAAACUGGCCGUUGUACCUAAGGGGUUAGAGGUGGCGUCAGGACAGUGGCGAGACUGUCUGGGUGGGAUAGCACGUGCGCGAGCAGACUCACUGGUGGACGGACACAAGAAAGGACAGGCGGCUGUCAUGCUUGAGAUGGCGGUGCAAACACGAGCCGGCGCAAGACGUCACGUGGUGUGGGGUCGCGUGCGGCCCUUGUCAACUAGUGGACUGUCCGUGACCCGCCUGUUGGCCAGCCGGGAAGUCCGUCUUCAGGUUGAGAAGGUCGUACGCGACGGCUGCCGGGUGUGGGUGAGGGUGGCCGUACUCAGCAGACGACAGCCUGUCGCUGAAGUCAGACGACAACUGGUGACAGUGUAUGAUUACGCCUGGGGCUCACUCAAAACUGGGUGCGUGAGGGAUGUGUGGGUAUCAAAGGGCAAGUCAUCGCCCACCAUCCAGAUAGCUGGUUCUUCACCAUGAAGACUUUCAUUGGAAGAAGGUUCAUGUCCUCAAAAGCCUGAAAACUCUUCUGAACCGUGUCAGAGACUCCUAUAGGUAUUUUUUCCUAUUGAUGUCGACUUAACAUUCGUGUGGCACCGUAAUGAAUAUUGCAUUGUCCUCGACUGAACAUUCUCUUGACACCUGGCACAGCUUUGUUCUCAGCUGAAAAUUCCUUCCGCGAUGUACCCGUGACUUCAUGUGUGUUAACAAAGUCAGUGCCAGCAGUAUGAUUAAAGUACGGAUGUUGCCUCCACGUUCUACUAUGAAUAUUGUUUAUGGUGCUCGCUGAAACUUUUCUCCCAAAUCGGAUUGCUAUAUGGAUAUUCCUGAAGGGAAUGUACUUGUUCUUUAGUCAAUUAAAAUACUAGUGUCUGUAUACUGAAUAAAAGGAAUAUUAAACAGUUUAUUUAUGAUUGUCAACUGUCAGGUCGCGGUGAUGAAUCAAAUCAAGUUAUCACUUGAAACAACACUAUAAAUUAGUAAUGUUUGUGUGCGUUGGUUUCAUGUGAUGGAUGAAAUUAAGUUAUUAGGUUUAAGUUAUUAAGUUAAUUAAGUUAUUGGAGCACAUUACUUCGCUUUCUGCAUCUCCGCCAUUUGUUAUGUCACAAAUAAGUAUUAAGGAUUUUAUUUGUCAUGGUUUAUAUCCGUAGACGACUGUGUGUGGGUUCCAGUGCGCUUACUUUUGAUUGUUUUUGUUUUUUUUGUUUUGCAUUUUUUGUGCUUUGCAUAUUUUGUAAUGCUUUAAAGUGUAAAUGAAAUUCUUAAUAACAUGUAAUUCAUAAAAUAUUGAUCCACAAUAAUAAAGAAGCUAGUUUUUGUUUA